AGUCACGUAUAUAUUUUCCAGAUAUAACUACAAUGAUUGACGGUGUAUAAAAGACAUGGAUUACCCCUGAGGAACCGUGAAGUGCUGUCGUCAUGACAACUCAGGUGUCUAAAUGGGUUUGCUACCCUUUGUUUAGGGUGCUACUCCCCAUCAUCUUACUGGCAGCGUGCGCGGUGAGGUACAAUGCACUGUCCUUCAUUUACCUGGUAUUCUUACUGGUGUGGCCGCUCUUAUCUACGCCAAACAGAACUAACAUCAAAGGAAGCACAGGAGCCUACCUAAAGUGCAUCAUAGUGGUGAGUGCCCUCGGAACACUUGCUCAUAUAGCGUUCCACAUAGCCCUGGCUGCGGGCAGCGCACCGUACGGAUCAAUUCUACAAAACUGCUCUACUGCUGAAGAAAUAGCCAGACAGAUAGCAGUGGAAAGACUUGAUGGUGUUCCAUUCUUAGACAUUCUACGCCUUGUAUUCCCAGAUGUGAUUGUCCUUAUCGUGUCUGUUCUGGUCUUUGCUGUGUGUUACAAACUUUUAGCUCCUCAGCCCACAGUAAAUGGACAAGAAGAAAUAUUAUCCACAGCAACACGCACCAAGAGGAAACGUCCGGUCGACACAUUCGUAUCUUUCCUUGGAGAAUUUGCUGUCGCAAUCUUAUUAGCAGCAAGUGGAAUCAUAGUCCCAUCAGCCAUCGGUGCAUUUUAUUUUCUGUCGUUUUUAUAUAUUGCCACCUGGUGGGCGUUUUAUAAGAGUCUCGGCUCCAAGUUUAGUUAUUUUAAGAUAGUGAUAGUGGUAUGGAGUGGACUGCACUUACUCCUUCUACACCUGUACCAGUUCCAGUUUUUCCAGGAGGCAGUUCCCCCAGAGCUUCUGGUGUCAAGAAUUCUCGGCCUGACGGGAGUUAUCCGGACCAACUGUUCCGAGCCCUGGGCUAUAGAAUACUAUGACCCCUACAACUGGACUCACUUUGUCAACCCUGCGAUCGUCCUGGCGCUGUAUGUUACUGCAGCCGCCGGCACCAGACAGUGGCUAGACAGGAAGAGGUGUGACCUUGAUGAGACAGAUGGUUUAGACAUCGAGGAAAAGCUAGGGAAACGUCGACGAGCCAAGCCAACAGAGCGACAGGUAGCUGUACCAGCGGAGGAAGGACAGACAGAGCACCUGGUGAAUGCAGGCGAAGGGCCGUCAUACAGCAGUUUUGAUCCUGUAGAAGCAAAUGAGGGCGGAGCCUCAAAUCAGCCUGACAAUGGGAGCCCCACCAUGUCUGUGGCAUUUGAAAGUGAAGAUGAGGCUGAUGGAGGAGGAAGCAGCAAGGCGUCCCGACGGAAGAGCUGGAAACGCCCGGCCAUGGUGUCGUUUCUGGUGUAUGUGAUGAAACAGAGCUAUGUUCUCACCCUUAUAGCUAUGAUGGCUUGGAGUAUCACCUUCCACAGCUGGUUGACGUUUGUCAUGUUGUUGAGUGCCUGUUUCAUCUGGAUGUUCCCCUCGUCACGGAGGGUUUGUCUGAUGUUGUCCCCAGUCAUUGUGUUCUACGGUGAGGGGUUGCUAAUCAUUCAGUACGUGUAUGGAUUUGACCUUCCUGACGAACUCCCAGAACAAAUUGGAAAGGUGAAACUGUCUGAAAUUGGUCUACAGAAGUUCAAGUAUCCAUGUCUGCAGCUCGCAUUACAGUUGCUGUUUACCUUCACAUUCUGGAUGACAAUGCGACAGUUUAUGCGUGAGCGAGCCUUCCUCAAACAGGAUAACCCCACAGACUACGCUCUCAGUCAGCUUCAGCAACAUGGAUCCAAUCCCACCUCCAUCAAGUCACUCUUCACUGGUUGGAUCCAGUUGAGUGCCCUGACCGGCGGUCUAGCGACAGAUGGUUUUCCACUGCGGUUGGAUUCAGUUGAUGGGUAUGACAGUAACUCAAUGAAGGAAUUAGGUACCUAUAUCUGGUCAAUGCUGUCUAAGUACUGGAUAUUUGUGUGCGCUGGGAUGCUGCUGCUCAUCUCUAUACAAGACGUGGUCAUCUACCGAAUCAUCUAUCUCGUGUUUUUCCUCUACUUCAUCUUGGCCUUCCAGGUAAGAUACGACUCAACUAUUAUCUUCAGAAUGCACUUAGAUCUUUCUAAGCACUGGACUCUCCGACCAAGUGUAAGUACAUGUAUCACUGGAUUAACCAAUUACUGGAGAAACAGCACUGGACUCUCCGACCAAGUAUUGUCAGACAUUGGUCUGGAGAUCUUUGAUACAGCAGGCCUGUUUGAGAAGCUGCUGACACCAACGACCUUCCUCAUCCUUAUCAUCUUGCAAGUCCAUUACUUCCACAGACCCUUUCUCCUCCUCAGUGACUUGGAUAGACACAGGAAGGAGGAGUUACCUCAGCCAGUGGGUUCUAUGACCACCGACACAGAGGGUACCUCCGACAGCGAAGGUGUCAUACGCAAACAUACCAAGAAGAUGAGACGGAGAAUGAAGUACUACUUCUUGAUUGCCUGGUCACGGUGCAGUGUCUGGUGGAACGAUUUGUCGCGACUGAUGUGGAGGAUCGCUCAGAUCCACAUCUUCAAGGUCAUCGCAUUCACAAUCUUCAUGGUUGUCAUUCAGCAGAUAUCAGCUAUUAGUGCUGUGUAUGUGAUACUGUUGGGGAUAUUUCUGUUCCUGACAUCAAACCACAUAGCUAUCCUGCUAUUGAUAGCCUUCGAGAGGAUAGUGUUUUACCACCAGCAGCAGCACUACAACAGAGACAGCUUCGUUAAACCAGCCCGGGGCAUCAUCUUUCCUGAGAUCAGACGACCUGAUGCAGACAAGAACCUCAUCGCAUGUGCCAAGUUCUUGGCUAACUACUUCUUUUACAAGUUUGGUCUGGAGGUUUGUUACGUGAUGUUUGCUGUGACGAUCAGUGUACGAGUAGACGCCUACAGUGUUUUGUACGCCAUAAUACUGGGCACGCUGCUGUUCCUUUCCCGACGACAGAACGCCACCAUCUGGCCUCUGUUCACAGUCUUCAUUGCCAUCCUUCUGCCUCUACAGUAUCUCCAACGCCUUGGGCUCCCGGCGGGGCUUUGUAUAGAAUACCCCUGGCCGUGGGAUGAGGAUGAAGCCACAGAGAGCCUAGAACGCUGGUUGGUCCUACCAAACUACUUCAUAACACAGUGGCCUGAGGCCCGCAAGUUAGUGGCUGACUUUUUCCUGUUGCUGUUCAUGGCCCUGCAGUGGCAGGUGUUCCGGAGGGAAUCCGGGCCGAACAUGGCCACCUAUGGAGGGGGAGACAACUACGACAUCCUUCAGGAAGUGGAGGGCAACGUUCCUAAUCCUGUAGAGGAUUUCACCAGUGUUGUCAAAUAGUAUCUGGACAUAGCAAAGAGCGGUUUCUUUGUGUACAUGUACUGGGCCACCAUGUUCAUCGUGUUCCUGGCAGGCGUGACUCGUAUCAACAUCUUCAGCAUGGGCUAUGUGAUCUCAGUCUUCUGUUUCAUGUGGUAUGGACAGGAGUUCCUCCUUAAGCCUCUCAGCAAGAUCAGGAAAAGUUGGAAUUUGCUGAUUGGUUACAACUUUGCUGUACUGUUCCUGAAAGCGUCACUGCAGCUGCUGGGCUGUGUCUACAUCAACAAGCUUUACGAUGGUCAGUGGUGUUGGCUCGUACAACUUCUCGGUCUCACCUGUCUCACCUCACCUGAUAUAUCCUCCGCCAAUAAGUGGAGCAAAGAUUGCAGUGUGGAGGAGGAUGAUACGGGUCUGAUGUGGGACGUCGUCUGUUUUACCUUCCUACUGCUGCAGCUACGAAUCUACAACAGUCACUACUUCAGACAUGUUGUAUCCAGCUCAGAGGCCCAGAACAGACUAGCGUCAAGAGGCCCAGAACAGACUAGCGUCAAGCGUCAAGGUAAGAUACUGUCUCAGACAUGUUGUAUACAGCUCAGAGGCCCAGAACAGACUAGCGUCAAGGUAAGAUACUGUCUCAGACAUGUUGUAUACAGCUCAGAGGCCCAGAACAGACUAGCGUCAAGAGGUGCCGAGCUCAUCAACAUCAUCCUGGUACAGUACGUGAAACAACAGAAGGAAGAUGAACAGAGCGUAUUGCUGGGAAUCAAAAUGAAGAUGGAGAGUCUGAAGGAGAAGCAGAAGGCCAAGGUCAGGAAGGACUACGUGGAGACGGAGGAACAUUUCCAAGCGAUACGGUCUGGCGACUAUUACCUUUUUGAUGAGGAUGUGGAGAAGGAAGAUAAAGGCAAGGUGGAUAGCCUAACAUUUGGGGAAGGGAAACCAGAGGAUGAGGACGGUAGACUCAGCCCCACCGCGCUCAUCAGUACCGCCAUCACGUCAGGACCAGGCGCAGCAGUAGAAAUGGCAGACAUAGUCGAUGAGAAGGAGGCAGGGCAGAAGGAAAAGAAAGAAAAGGACAAGGACAGUCAACUGUCAGACGACGAAUCAGACAAAGAAACGUACGUUCAGAAGUCGUGGACCUUUUUGAGGUUUAUGGCUCGCCUACUUGAAAGCUUUGCUGAUUGGCUGAUUGAGAUGUUUAAUGACAUAUCCAAGAAUUACCGCAUGGUGGCUUCUACGCUGGAGGAGGAAAUGAAAGAGGAAAAGAAAAAAAUACAUGCGGAGAGAUGUCAGGUAACCUCCAUGCAGGAACAUCGUGUAGACCUGGACAUUUCGGGUGACGAAGCCGAUGCCGCGGACGGACAGCCUUCUUCCGAUGUGACAGAGUUAGUAGAAAUAACAACGGAGACAGGUCUAAAGCUGCCAUUGUCAGGUGACGAUGGAAGCGAUGGUUUGACCGCCAAGAAAAGUAAGUUUGAGAGCAGCAAGCCGAAGAUUUUCUUGUUACUGGAGGCGUGUUACUACCUCAUUAUUUCCCGCUCCGAGAUGGUGUGUUACUUUCUGAUGAUCCUGAACCAGAUCCUCAAUGCCAGCCUGCUGUCCCUGCCCCUCCCACUGAUGGUGUUCCUGUGGGGCAUGCUGUCGGUGCCACGCCCCUCAAAGACAUUCUGGGUCACUGUCAUCACCUAUACAGAGGCUAUCGUGGUUGUCAAGUACCUCUUCCAGUUUGGAUUUUUUACAUGGAAUGAUGGUCUUCCACCAUCUUCUCCUUUCUGGCCGCCUCGAAUUAUUGGGAUUGAGAAGAAAGAUGGAUAUGCUUAUGCUGAUCUGGUGCUUCUGCUGGCUCUGUUCAUACACCGGACGAUCCUCAAGCGCUACGGUCUAUGGAAGGAUGCUGAAGACAUAGAUGCAGACUUGAAGGAGAUAGAAAAGGUUAUCAGUCGACCAAACUCUCCACUGCCGGAGGACGAUGCUGACGUUACCCCUUGGACCGAGUCCACAGCGUCCACCAGUCUGCAGGUGACCUCAAUAGAGGAGUCCGGACCGGAUGACCUUGACAGAGGGAAGAAGAAGUCCAAGAGGAAGAAGAAAUAUUUCCAGCCUUUCACAGAUUUCUACAAACAGUUGACUAACCCAGACUACAACGCCACAACUGAUGUGUACGCUUCCAUGUUUUUCUGUGAUUUCAUCAACUUCCUGAUUGUGUUGUUUGGUUACCAGGCAUUCGGACCAGCGCAAUCUGGAGGAGGAGGUGACGUAACAUCGUAUCUCCGUGACGACAGGGUCCCUGUGACUUUCCUCUUCAUGUUAGUCACCCAGUUCAUCCUUAUCAUCAUUGAUCGUGCGCUCUACCUCAGGAAAAAUGUGAUGGGAAAGUUCAUCUUCCAGAUCUUCUUGGUGGCCAUGAUCCACAUUUGGCUGUUCUUCAUCCUUCCGUCUGUCACAGAGAGGAAGUUUUCGGAGAAUACCCCUGCCCAGCUGUGGUACUUUAUGAAGUGUAUUUACUUCGGCUUGUCUGCGUACCAGAUCAGGUCUAGCUAUCCAACACGUAUCCUUGGAAACUUCCUCACCAAGAAGUACAACUACCUCAACCUCUUCCUCUUCAAAGGAUUCCUUGCCAUACCGUUCCUGCUGGAGCUGCGCGUGUUGAUGGACUGGAUCUGGACAGACACGACAAUGGCUAUUGGCAGCUGGCUUCAAAUGGAGGAUAUAUAUGCCAACAUUUAUGUCCUAAAAUGCUGGAGAGAGUCAGAAAGGAAAUACCCGACGCCGCGUGGUGAGAAGAAGCGGUCACUAGUGAAGUAUGGAAUGGGAGGUUCACUACUGAUAUUGGUCAUCUUUAUCAUUUGGUUUCCACUGGUGAUUUUCUCUCUGGCCAACACCGUGUAUGUACCUAAUCCCCCCAUCGACUGCACCGUUACCAUAGCAAUCGGAGGAUUCCAGUGUGAGAUUGAUACCAGUAACAUAGAGUUCUACGUCAGCUUCACCAGGACGCCAAGUUCAUCCCAGGCAGGAGAGUCACUCAGUAAUGAGUUUACCGCAAAACUUGAUCCACUGACACAGAACAAGUUAGCGGAGAUCGUGGAGAAAAUGCAUGGUGAUAAAGUGGAAGUGAGCGAGUUAUUCCCACGAUUUAUACAUCUGCCGAGUAAGGGCCGAGCUGCCGAGGUCCGGGAACUCUUGUUUGGUUCCUCAAUCCAGUACAGCAAUGUUUCGCUGAGUCUGCGUAACGACACAAUCUCCGAGUGGUGGCAGGCCCAGGAGGUCGUUUACGGGGACAAUAUAUUCAGUCCAAGCGAGGACGGAACUAAAAGGAAGCUACUUGAUACCCUGACGCUCAUCACCUUCAACGACCGCGUCGCACCCGAGGGAUUCUCUUUCAUCACUGGAUACGGUAUCAUUGGACUAUAUGUUUCCUUGGUGAUGCUGAUUGGUCGCUUUGUUAGGACGUUGUUCAGUGGUCAGUCUGAGCGAAUUAUGUUCGAGGAACAGCCGAAUGUGGACAAUAUUUUAAACCUGUGUCUUGACAUCUACAUGGUGAGGGAAAGUCUCAACUUUAGGAUGGAAGAAGACCUGUUCGCCAAGCUUCUCUUCCUAUACCGCUCACCCAAAACUAUGAUCAUGUGGACAAAGCACAAGGUCGACUGAAGGUCAAUCACAAGGUUAAAGGUUGAGCAGUGUAAGGUCAAAUAGAGGUCACAAUGGUCAGAGGUUGUGUAGAAUAAUUUUCAGCAUGUAUUAUAAGGAGAGCAACUAAAGGUCUAACAUUAAUACCACACAUAGUUUUUAGUGUGUUUUAAACUGGCAUCAUGUUUUAAAGUCCCCAACACUGAUAUACAGUGUUAUCUGUAUCACAAGAAUAACCAGAAGAAGGCUGACUAUCACCAGAGUUGGUCUCAGUAUAUUUUUAAAUCUUUUUGAGAGAAUUAUUUGAUAGGGGUGAUCUCUCUAGCAGAUUUGAUAAUAUAAAUAGGAUGUAAAAAAGUGUCUAUAUACAUGCAGAGGUUCCUCAAUGCGAGGAGUGGUUGAUAAUCAUGUUUAUCUGCCUCAAGUUCGUGAAUUUUAAAAUUUGAUCUUCUUUAGUUAUCCAAUCCUCCUUCAAUCAUUUGAAGAUUAUAAAGACACAGAGUUUA